AUGUUCAACUCUUCAUUUAAGAUAUUGUACCGAAAAGCCGAAGAAACAAGAGCGAGAUUUCACAAUUUGAUGUCUUACGAGGAUCAACAGCCAGUGGAAAGUGCUGGAGAGACUUCUUUGGCCCCCCCUGCUUUAGAAGGGGCACCUAUAGAGGAAACAACUAUUCUACCAUCCAAUGAACUGGCCCUUGACGAAGAUGAACAAGACGCUGAAGAAGAAGAAAGUCUCUACUCGCACGAGGAAGAGAGAGACGUUGCCGAAAAAGAAGAUAGUGCAACGCCUGAGAUUCAAACCUCAACCAGCCAAAACGUCAAUGAAGGUUUAGUGGGCGGCGAAUCAGCAGAAUCGACAGAGCCCACGGAAGCCUCCAAGGGUACUGAAAUUGAAAUAGGUGAUGCGACCAAUCACGACGAUCAGGAGGGAAAUGAAGCUGAGGCUCUGCAUGAACCGGUGACCACCACCGUUGGGGAGUCUGCUGAGGUUGUUGAAGACUCAGAUGAAGUUGCGGUUCCCGAUAAGGAGGACAAGGUAGACCAAGAGUCUCUGGAGACAAGCGUGACUGAAGACACAACAAAUGCUGAAGAAAGUGAAAACCCGGAACAGCUAGAGGUUGGACAGGGUUCUGAAAGCGUUGAUGUCGAACCCAGAAUCGAGGGCACAGCAAUUGAUGAAGCAGAAGUCUUUGACAACGAAAACAAUGGAAGUUCUGGUUCCAACGCAGAUGCAGUAUUUUCUGAGCCGCAAUUCGACGUGAACAAUUUCAAUACUGACCAAGAAAACGUGGAUUACGAACUACUACAGAAGCAAGCAACUUCGAUUCUACAAAGUCAAAUGCUGAACGUUCCUCACUUUCAGCAGCUACCAGACUCUGAAAAAAUCAAUGCCGUAUUGACAUUUUUGAAUUCAAGUCCACAAACUGCGCUGCCACAGUCUACCGCACCCGUAGCUUCUCUUCCUCCACUGGACCAAUCGCAGGAGCCUAGACCUAAUUUGUUCCAGCCAAUGACCGCUGUGGAACGUAAGCGUUAUAACGAGUAUUUGAGAGGUGAAAACAGAAUCACAGAAAUACAAAACAUUCCUCCCAAGUCCAGACUGUUUAUUGGUAAUUUGCCUCUCAAGAAUGUGGCUAAGGAUGAUUUAUUCCGAAUUUUUUCGCCAUAUGGACACAUUUACCAAAUAAACAUCAAGAACGCUUUUGGAUUCAUUCAGUACGACAACCCUCAAUCGGUGAGGGCCGCAAUCGCUGGUGAAUCUAACGAAUUAAAUUUUGGCAAGAAACUGAUACUUGAAAUUUCUUCUUCCAAUAGCAGACCUCAAUACGAUCAUGGUGAUCAUGGGACCAACAGCAGCUCGACAUUCAUCUCCUCAUCUAAGCGUCCAUUCGAAGAGGAAGAGGAAGAAGAGGAAGAAGAAGACAUGUAUAGCGACAGUCACAAAAGAGGUAAAAGACGCAUUCCCGAGUGCCAGAUAUAUGUCAAAAGGACUGCUGACAGAGCUUAUGCCACCGAUGUUUUCAACAGGUUUAGGCAAGGUAGCGGUCUAGAAACAGACAUGAUAUUUUUGAAGCCUCGCAUGGAGCUACGCAAAAUGAUCAAUGAUGCUGCUUACGACGGCGUUUGGGGUGUAGUGCUUGUGAACAAAACUAGAAAUGUGGAUAUUCAAACGUUUUACAAAGGUCCACAAGGCGAAACCAAGUUUGACGAAUAUGCGAGCGUAUCUUGCGAAGACGCCAUUGCCAUUUUCAUCAACUUGAAGAACAGCAGAAACGAUCGCAGAAAUAUGCCACCUCAACCUGUUCCCCAGCAACAAUAUUAUGGCGGCUAUAAUGUUCCACCACCUGCGGCACCACCACACCAGGGGCAAGCAUACAUGCAACAGGCAUACGGCGCCAUGGCGCCACCUCCCCAAUCAUACGGUGCGCCUGCCCCUGCUCCCAUGGCUCAAGGUUAUGCGUCGUAUCCUGGCCAUCCAGUAGCUCCACCAGCACAUAUCUCACCACCACCUCCCGUUGCACCGGCAAUGGGUGCCGCGCCUCCGAUGGACCAGCAGCAGCUGCUCUCGGCCAUUCAAAACUUGCCUCCCAAUGUCGUGUCCAACUUAUUGUCUAUGGCACAACAACAACCUCAACAACAACAACAACUGCUGGGAAUAAUUCAAUCGAUGCAACCGCAGCAAUCUCACACGCAGGGAUCUCCUCCCGCGCUUGCAGCUUAUGGAGGAUACCAACAAAUGCCUGCUCAACACAUAAACCCUGCGCCCAUGCAACAACAACAGCAGCAGCAGCAGCAGCAACAACAACAACAACAACAACGACACCAGUCAUUUGCCCCUAUUCCGAAAAACCCUCCUUCCCAAAACCCGGUUCCACAGCAACAGUCUCCUGCAACAACUGGUAACAAUAACGUUCAAAGUCUUCUUGAUAGCUUGGCACAACUGCAACAGAAGUGA